UUGCCAUGGUCAUCCUCGAUCUCUUUCUUCAACUUUCUAAGAAAUUAAAACAGUUAACAACAACUACAUACUCUACUCUGUUUAAAGAAGAAGAAGAAGAUGUUGCAUUGUGUAAACAUGACAGUGUUGGAGAGGCAGCAAGCAAGAAGCAAGAAAUGCAUUCAACAAGAUCUUCAAGAAAAUGGAUCCUCGUUAUUUGACGUCUUCUCUGAUGAUUAUUCCUCCCUAAUUCACAUGCCUCCUGCUCCUUCUUCUUCUUCCGCCAUUUCCUCGUUCGUCUCUCCCAAGAAGAGAAAAUCUGAAAGCCACAAGGUGGUUGUUGCUCAACAAAGUCAUAACAAGAAGGACAAAAGAGUCAAAGUGAGUGCGGAAGAAGAGUCAUCCAAAAUGAGUGAGCAAAUUACCAACAAGGACGAAGUAGCUUCUGCUGAGAAUUCCAUUAAAGGAUCUACUUCGGAGCCUCACAAUAACAAACCUGACUACAUUCAUGUCCGAGCUCGCCGCGGCCAAGCCACUGAUAGUCACAGCCUUGCUGAAAGAGUUAGAAGGGAAAAGAUUAGCGAGAGAAUGAAGUAUUUGCAAGAUUUGGUUCCGGGAUGCAACAAGAUUACAGGAAAAGCUGGAAUGCUUGAUGAAAUCAUAAACUAUGUUCAGUCUCUUCAACGACAAGUUGAGUUCUUGUCUAUGAAAUUAGCUGCUGUAAACCCAAGACUUGAACUCAACGUUGAUGAUCUCUUUGCCAAAGAGGUAUUUCCUGCUUGUGCUCCAAAUUUUGAAAGCAUUGGAAUGGGAUCAUCAGAGAUGACUAAUAACCCUGCUGCAUAUCUUGACUUCAAUUCAGUUCAACAACUUGUAUCAUGUUCCAAUGGAUUAAUCAACAACAUUGGCAUGAAUAUGACCCCUUCACCAGACAUGGGUCUUAGGAAAACCAUUGCUGCACCCCUCUCUGUGUCUUUACCAGAAACAUUUCUUGACUCAUCAUCUUGUUUCAAUCAAGUUUUACCUCCUUCAAUUUGGGAAGGCGAAUUCCAAAUCCAAAACCUUUACAAUGUGGCUUUUGAUCAACCUAGAACAUCAUCUUUUCCACCUUCUCACCCAUUUACAGGUUUAGUGGAAGCUAGUAAUCUAAAGAUGGAGAUGGAUAUGUAGAUGAUGAUGAUGAUAAUAUCUCAAAUUUGCAAUUUAUUUUGGAUGAGCUCACUCCACAUGGGAAUGGCUAUCAUGAAGAUUCUUAAUUUUUCUUUUGAAGUAAAUAUAACAUAAUAUUGGUUGUAUACUUCUAAGUAUAUAGUAUGACUAUAAAAAUAAGAUUUAUUAUUAUUAAUAUUAAUACCCCGUUAACUUUUGGGUC